AUGGCCCACCACCCAGCUGAAUAUGGUACCCUUCUAGUUGCUGCUCUGCUUUCGCCCAGACAGACUCUCCUAUCGACCUCAGACGAAAGCGAGCCACCGUUCAGUCCGGAAGACCCGCAGGGCCAUAAGGAUUCUGAGAUUUCGGAUCAGGAAUGGGAAAUUCGCACAGGUCGCGCCACCUACAUCCUGCAGCAGACGCUCCCAGACUUCUUCGCGACUGGACUCGUGUCGAGCACGGACGUGCGCCCCGACCCACCAGCUGCUGUUAGUCCACCGAAAAGACGCAUGUGGACAUUCCCUGGCGCGAUAUGGCUCGGCCUCAGACCCAAGCCUAGUGUGAAUACGAGUACGAGCGUCAGGGCAAAAACGAAGGAUGGAGGCGCCGAUGGCGAGAGCAUCUACGGCCCACGCAUUAAGCUGACAUACACCCCACCGACACCGCUACCCGCGCCGUUCCCGAAGACUCUCGCGUUCGAAGGCCUACAUCUGUAUAUUGCUAGCAGCAUCUUUGUGCGACACACUUUAAACGCGCUCUACAUGGACCUCGCGGUCACGCUCCGCCGUGGUCACUUCCUCCUGGUGUCCCGCCCAUAG